ACCCACUUUCUCACGCUUCCAGUACUUAAUCUUCUCUAUAAAUUUCUUCAUCUCGAAACCAACCACCAAUUGAAAACCUCCCACCAUUAUCAUCCAAAAUGGACCUCCUACUCUUAGAGAAAAUCCUCCUCUCCCUCUUCUUCUCCAUCCUCCUCGCCAUCUUCAUCUCCAAACUCCGCGGCAAGCGCUUCAAACUCCCUCCAGGUCCAUUGCCCGUCCCCGUCUUCGGGAACUGGCUCCAAGUCGGCGAUGAUCUCAACCACCGCAACCUCACCGACCUCGCCAAGAAGUUCGGUGACAUCUUCUUGCUCCGCAUGGGACAGCGAAACCUCGUGGUGGUUUCGUCGCCGGAGCUCGCCAAGGAGGUGUUGCACACUCAGGGAGUGGAGUUCGGUUCCCGAACACGAAACGUCGUGUUCGAUAUCUUCACAGGGAAGGGACAGGACAUGGUUUUUACGGUUUACGGGGAGCAUUGGAGGAAGAUGAGGAGGAUCAUGACGGUUCCGUUUUUCACGAACAAGGUGGUUCAGCAGUAUAGGUAUGGUUGGGAGGAUGAGAUCGGUAAGGUGGUUGAGGAUGUGAAGAGGAAUCCCGAAGCUUCCACAUCGGGAAUCGUGUUGAGGAAACGUUUGCAGCUUAUGAUGUACAACAACAUGUACAGGAUUAUGUUCGAUAGGAGGUUCGAGAGCGAAGAUGACCCUUUGUUCGUGCAGUUGAAGAUGUUGAAUGGAGAGAGGAGUCGGUUGGCUCAGAGCUUUGAGUAUAAUUAUGGCGAUUUCAUUCCCAUUUUGAGGCCAUUGUUGAGGGGGUACUUGAAGAUCUGCAAGGAAGUCAAGGACACUCGUUUGAAGCUGUUCAAAGAUUAUUUUCUUGAAGAGAGAAAGAAAUUAGCAAGCACAAAAAGAAGCGACAACAAUGCUCUGAAAUGUGCAAUUGAUCACAUACUUGAUGCCCAGCAGAAAGGAGAGAUCAAUGAAGAUAACGUUCUUUACAUUGUUGAGAACAUCAAUGUUGCUGCGAUCGAAACGACACUGUGGUCAAUCGAGUGGGGCAUAGCGGAGUUGGUCAACCACCCAGAGAUACAACGAAAGCUGCGCGACGAGCUCGACACCGUACUCGGACCAGGGAAUCCGAUCACCGAGCCGGAUACCCACAAGCUUCCAUACCUCCAAGCGGUGAUCAAGGAAACUCUCCGGCUGAGAAUGGCGAUCCCACUGCUGGUCCCACACAUGAACCUCAACGACGCCAAGCUCGGCGGCUACGACAUUCCGGCGGAGAGCAAAAUCCUCGUCAACGCCUGGUGGCUGGCGAACAACCCGGCACACUGGAAAAACCCGGAGGAGUUCCGACCCGAGAGGUUCUUGGAAGAGGAAUCGAAGGUCGAAGCCAACGGGAACGAUUUCCGGUACCUUCCGUUCGGUGUGGGAAGGAGGAGCUGUCCUGGGAUUAUUCUGGCUCUGCCCAUUUUGGGAAUCACAUUGGGGCGAUUGGUUCAGAAUUUCGAGCUUCUACCACCGCCUGGACAGUCUAAGCUCGAUACUUCUGAAAAGGGUGGACAAUUCAGUUUGCACAUUUUGAAACACUCCACCAUUGUUGCCAAGCCAAGGGUGUUCUGAUUUAUUUAGCUUUUGGUUGAUUACCCUCAUUCAAUCUAAGGUUUAUAUGUUGGUUUAAUGAUUAGAAUUGGGUGUUGUGAUUUUCCAAUUAUGAAAAUUGGAAAUCUUGGUAUGUUGGAAUGGGUUUUUGGAUGUAAUAUUUCGCAAACCAACAAUGAAUGAAAUACCAGAAUCAUUAUGUA